CUCGUCAUUUGUAUUUUUACCGGAAGUAAAUUUGACAUGUAGGGGCAGAAAGAUCAAAGUUUGUGCUGACAGCUUGUGUUGAAGUGGCGUUUUGGAGAACGUCUCUCUUACACACAUCCAGUAAUUAAAAAGCAAAACGUUAGUUCAAGAUGGAGGAGGGAUCCGGACUGGAAUCCCUCAUCAAGCAAAGACUAACAAGACCAUCCUAUACCAGAAUGGUUUCAUGGGAAUUUUCAAAUCAACAAGAGCAUAAUCCUGUGAAAAUGAAGAGAAGGAAGUCAAAAAGGCAGUCGAAUGUUGAUGAGGAGUCCAACUUAUCUUUGUCAUCUGCUGAUGAGGAUGAAAGUGAUGUGGUCUUUAGUUCCAGUAAUCCGGGUCCAGAUGUUUCUAGUUCAGACGAAGAUUGUUUGUAUUUUUCAGCAGAGGAGAUUUUAUCCCAGUCAGACAGUGAUACUGAUAUCAGUCAAAGGAUGACCUCUCUAAAUACGGAAGGAGAGUCCAGCAAGGAUACUGAAAGUUGUAAAGAAGACAAUAUUGGUGGUAGACAGCCUCAUCAGGAAAAGAAACAUGCUCCUAGCAAAAAACAGAAACGUAAAAGACGAAAGCAGGAGUAUGUGUUUCAUGGAGAUGAGAUUUUGUCCCUUCUAGAUAUCGCUAUAGAACCAGACAUCAUCAGUGAAACCCAGGAAUUGGUGGAAGACAGUCUCGCUUGUGUGGAGAAAACCGUCCCAUCUUUGGUGGAACUGUGUUUGAACUGCACACGCCAAAGAAACCGUCAUAUACAACUUCCGAAAGGACUGAAAAACAUGGUGAAACAUUCUUACAAAGACUUCAGUUUCAGAAAAUUUCAAGUGUCAUGGUUACAAAAUGAAUUUUCGAAAUGGCAGCCAUUUGAAAACAAGAAAAGUGAAUUCUUCCUCUGCAAAUAUUCAGAUGGUGAUGACUGGGGCAGUGAAGCAAUUUACAAAUGUCCUUUGCCUACAAGAAAUAUAUGGAAUUCUGUGUUCUUUCCAAAGUUGUCACAGUCUCAUAACUUUUCUGAAUAUGUCAACAGUAAAACCUCCUCUAUCCUGCCGUUCACCUUUGCCACACACAUGGAACCAUGGCCAAAUAAUUACGAUGAAAAGUCGUAUGUUUUCUACCAACGGUUUCUUGGGUGUCUCGCCACGCUGGUGGAUCUCAUGAUGCCUGCUGUCUUGAGUAAUAAAAACAUCGAAGCUGGGAAGGAGCACAAAUCGGAGUCAGAACAAAUCCUGUCGGCCACAAAAACAACAAUAAGGAGGGUGAAAGGGGCUCUUAAAAUCAGGUUUGCUGAUGUGGCAGACACAUUUUUUGACAAGGUGAUUCCUUACGUGUUCUGGGCUCGAGGAGAUCUCCAGCAAGCAUCCGCACUCUUUACCAAACUCAUAGACGGGGAUAAACGCAGUCGCUACCGUGCCAUGUGUAUGGUAGAAGUGGCACGUAUGCAUGCCCAGCUAGGGGAACCUGACCUGGCGUGUCGGUUUUACAGAAUGGCUGCUGAUAUUGCAUUGGAGAAAGGGAAGACAACGAAGGACUCUAAGGAGGUGACAGGACAGAUGUUGAUGUUGAUGGCCAGUGUCUAUGACCAGGGUAUGAUGACCGCUCAAAAGGCGCAGAGUGCUGCUGACCAUUGGAAAUACGUGGUAACGUCCGAAGGGUUCAAUCAGGGGGCAGCCAACAUGGCCAUCAUCUCCAUGUUGUGUUUUCAUUCCGGACCUGGCAAUGGUCCUGAUGAACAUUCCAGUUUUGAGAAGGCCAGAAACAGACUGAAGGCAUUGUCAGAUGUGUGUCCACAAUGCCAGUAUUAUCUCAGUAUGCUGCAAGCUUUGGCUGGGCAGGGAUCUGACGCAGUCAAUACCUACAGGGAGUUUUUACAGAGAGCAAACAUGGAUGGCGAUACAGACGCACCAGGAUUGCGGAUGCUCUCGAGAUCACGGACCAAUGUAGCCAGUUAUAGACAGCGUCAGAAUGUCUGGUUUGCUUUGGAAGCCAUGGUUUCCAAGGCAAGACUACCCCAGCCUCUGCAAGUACUGUGGAGGUCCCAUCUUCAGCCCCUCAGGGUCUGUGAUUCCUCCAGUGAUAUUCCACCGACAGAGGCUGACCUAUGCUGUGACAACCUUGACCUUCGACUAAAUUCUGAAGGUUAUUUGACAGGAAACAUGAAGACACUGCUCCCCCCAAUGCGAAGCAUCAAUUUGGACCCCUAUACUGGAAAGCUGUGUUUCCCACACACCCCAGGCAGAACUGAACCUUGGACCACAUUGGACAGAUUUAAUCAUGAGCACACACCCUAUGAUAGUUUUGAUAAUGGAUCUAUACCAUGUCCGGUUGAGGUUUAUCGCGACGACGUUGGAACCAAGGUGCAGAUGAUGUUACCUAUGCAUUUAAACAGACCUGAUAUAUCUAACGAUCGCAUCAGAACAAAACAUGAAGCUGUCACCUUCUUCUGGUCAGAUAGCAAAGGUCAAAGUGCCAAGCUUAGUGCUCUGAAGAUAUUUCAGCAAUUGGUAUAUGAGAAAAUGAAGCAGACAAUCAUGAGGGAAGCUCUUCUACAAAAGAAAUCAGAACAAUGGCAGAAAGACUGUCUGAAGAUACUGAAGUACAUGAAUGAUGCUAAAAGGGAGGUUUACUUUUGUAAUAUUGAGGCUAUGAUGACAGACCUGGAAGAAAAGAGGAAAGAGUUUCCCAAAACACCACUGACUAACAAACUGAUGAUGGAAAGGUCAUGUUGUCAUUCACCAUGUAUAACUUGGAACAGCUGCUACACUUCAUAUGGACAGACAGUGGCUCUCAGCUUUGUAUUCGGUGAUGAAUACAUUACAGUGUUCCUUGACUGUAGCAGCAGAGAGGGGUUCCUGCAAUCAAAGUUCAAGUUAGAGCCAUAUAAUGUCACAGAUUUUGGAGGAAUUCCGAACCGCAGAAACAACAAACUGGCAGGAUCUGAAAUAUUUUACUAUUGUGCACCAACUAUUGAACAUUGUAAUCUCAUAGUAUGUGGACAGAAAGGCAAACUUUUGGAUAAAAUCAAACGAGAGGAUGCAGAACAGGCUUUUCCAUGCGUCAUAGGCAGCAGUCUGGUGUUGGUCAAUUUCGAGUCUAGGUUGUGGUGUUGGAAUGACAAAAACAUCAAGGUCGACGAGACCCUUCCUCUUAUCCAGAAAAUCACACCCUUGGAGUGCUCUGUUGUCAUGGUGACCCUGAGAGACAGAGAGUCCCUGAGAUUUGUAGAUACGCCAUCCCUGGACUCAGUAACAGUCAGGGCUAGCUGUGACAGGAAGGGAUUACAGAUCACUGAGGAUGGCCUGGAGAUAAAGACGAGUACGGUCAAGGUUCUGAACAGUCGUUCUAGGACAGAAGACGGCCACUCCUACCGACAGGUCAUCCUAGGAAUGGACAUGAACUUGGUGACCUUACAGAUACCGCUGGACAAUGCUAGAUCAAUAGAAGUUGUCAUCACAGAGGUUUUACCAAUCUGUGGGUUCCCAGUGGAACACCAGUUUGUUGGAAAACAAGAUGGAUACCUGUUGUCAUGGACACAACAGGAAGAUUCAGCUAAGGAGUACAAGGAACACCUAUCCUACUUCAGUAACAACUCGGAGCUCCUCGGGGUUUUACCUUGCCUUGGUAAGGGACCAAGGUCAUUCUGUCCUUUGUACCUGCCGGGAGACACAGACACACAGACAGACAACCCCGGGUACGGUCUCCCGGGCUGGUACGUGUACAUGAGGGACGGACAUGAUGGAAUUAUUGCAGUGAAACUGCCCAUUUCUUCAAAGACUGACUGAUUUGCAUAUAUACUUGGUGUUUUUUUGUGUACAGUAUAAAACUUAAGUCAACCAGAUCCAUGCAGUACAGUGAAAUGUUUCUAAUGGGACACAAUAUACUGGUCAGAUUAGACAGAAUGCUUGAAUAUACAGGUUUACUAGGUAGUGGUUCUAGAAAUGGGAUUACUGCAUUAUUUUGCACUAAAAGGAUUAUGGACAACUCGGGGGCUGGAUGAUUAAGGUUUCGCUGUAGUUUGUAACUUAAUGAAAAGUAUGUGUCUUUUGCUUUUGAUGCAUCAAGGUGCUGUUCGAUCAUCAUUACCAACAAGUACAUGAUAUAUCCUUCCACAAUAGAAAUGUUAAGAGUGGGUAUUGUUUCAUCUGAGUAAUAUUUUCAUACAUCAUAAUUUACUUUAAGUUGCUUUGGGAAUGUAUACUUUAUAUGGCGAAAUGUUCGCUUCAGUUUUUUUUUGCCUUUUUCAACUUGCCUUUUUCAACUGUCAUAAUGAAGGCAAUUUAUCAUAAUAGUAAACAUAAUUUUGGUUUGGUUUGGUUUAAUUUUGUUUAAAGUCCUAUUAAUAAUUAACAGCUAAGGUCAUUUAAGGAAGUGCCUCCAUGUGUAGUGUAUGCGUGCUGGCGUGCGUGUAUGCAGGACACAGGGUAUGUUGUUGUUCUUGCCUCCUUGAGAUAGUGCGGAUCUGAUGCCGACUUUAUAGUGCUAUCUCACUGAAAUCAGUCAACAACAUAAAAUGCAUAGAAAUUGAAUUUGAAGGGUGGAAUUAACACCAGGCAAAUAUGGAGUAUUGUUGUGAAGGGGCGAACAUUUCCUGAUGUACAGUAUUUGGGCGCAAACUGAACAAUUUCAGUAUGACACAAAACAGAACAAGAAUCCUCUAGAUCAAAUUAUGACAUUGGUUUAGUAGUGAUAUUAUAUUCCUUGAAUAUUAUGUGUCAUAUUAGUUACAAAACCACAUACAAAAUUGGAAAACAAUCAUUUAAAAGCAUUAGUGUUAAUGUAAUAAGUGCAUAGAAACAUGACAAACUGGACUAUGCAACAACUUAUUCUUAAGCUGGCCUAUAAUUUUAUAACAACCAAUAGGUUUUCAUUAUUGACAAGAGUAGGCUGAUAGGUUGUCACUGAUUGGCUAUUGUAGGCCAAUAGGUUGUCAUUGAUUGGCAAUAGUAGGCUGAAUGGUUGUCAUUGAUUGGCUAUUGUAGGCCAAUAGGUUGUCAUUAAUUGUCUAUUGUAGGCCAAUAGGUUGUCAUUGAUUGGCGAUUGUAGGCCAAUAGGUUGUCAUUGAUUGGCUAUAGUAGGCCAAUUGGUUGUUAUUGAUUGGCUAUAGUAGGCCAAUUGGUUGUCAUUGAUUGGCAAUAGAAGGCCAAUCUGUUGUCAUUAAUUGUCAAUAGUGGGCUGAUUUGUUGUCAUUGAUUGGUUGUACAUGGCCUAUAGGUUGUCAUUGAUUGGUUAUACAUGGCCUAUAGGUUGUCAUUGAUUGACUUAAGUAAAUAUAUAUGUUGUCACUGGUUUUUAUUGAUUGGUUAUAGAAGGCCAAUCUGUUGUCAUUAAUUGUCUUUAGUGGGCCGAUAGGUUGUCAUUGAUUGGUUAUACAUGGCCUAUAGCUAGGUUGUCAUUGAUUGACUUAAGUAGACCUAAUGUUGUCACUGGUUGUUAUUGAUUGGCUAGAGUAGGCCUGUUACUUCACCUAUUUUAAGCAGGCCUGUAUGUUUCGUUUAUUGCAUAAUUAGAAUCUGUUGAUAAUUUGUCAUUUAUUGACAGGAGCAAGCCUAACUAAUAGUAAAUAAUUGACGAAAGUAGUCGUAUAAGUUGUCAUUUAUUAUCUAAAACAGUUCUACAGGUUGUUGUUCACUGGUCUGGAAAUAUAGGUUGUAAUUAAUUGUUAUAGAGCAGGCCUUAUGGUUGUCAUUGAUUUAACAAAGCAGCAAGCCUAUAGAUUGCCACACCUUGCCUGGAGCAGACUUCAGGUGGCCCGGUACUUGACUGACCCAUUUUGCACUGGAGAUUCAAUUCUAGGUUAUAAGGAAUAAUUAAUGUAAUUUGAACAGUCUUGAAGUUGAACUUCAGAUUGAACUAUUAUGAUUUAUUCAUAAGAAUCAUCAAUUCAAGGUUGUUUUUGUGCCUGCAUUGAAUUUUAGUAAAGGAGAUUGUCAUUAUAUUGAUGAACUGGGCCAAUAUGGAUAACGCACCUAUCAAAUGCCCGCCAUAUUAAUCGGAACAUUUCUAUACUGAUCGACGAUGACUACCUUCACCUUCAGUAAUGCUUCAUUGACAACAGCAGAAGACAACAAACCACGGAGCCUUAUUUGGCCUUCGUCUGUCAAUAUGACAGACCUUGGCCUAAUAACUGGGCUUAUAGGGAAAUUAUCUGAUUAAUAACCUUACAAUACUGCUAUCUUUUCCACAUAAAUGAUACUCACUGUGGCUUUAUUAUAUGGAGAUUAACCUGACGUACUAUAUUCUCUAUACAUGACCGCAGGAACAAAUCUGAUUGAAGUUAUAAUCUCAUAGAUGCUUUUUGGAUGUUUCUUCAAAUAUUACUAAUGACGGUUUAAUCCUUUGUGAUAAGCAUUAAUGCUAUUUUAGUUAACACAUGUGAUUAAAAGUUGUGAUUUUCUUCUGUUAUUGUAUUUGUAAAUUUUGAUAUUAAAAAUAAUAUAUUAUGUUAUAAAUAAAGAAGUUUGAUACAAAGAUACAAACAAAAAAGAAGUAAAGUUUAAAAAGUAAGGGAUAAGAGAGAGAGAGAGAGAUAUAGAGAGUGAGAAAUAAAUAAGCUUAGGGAGUCGAACAUUGAAUUAAAAUUUUCCCCAUAUAUUGGCCUGUUUGUGGAAAAUCUAUUACAUGUAAAUAUUGAGCUAGUUAUGAAAACCUGGUGGAAAUUUGCUUUUAAUAUAAAAACCCAUCUUUUUAUGUCUGCAUGCAUUUUAGGCUCUUUUGCACAGACGCCAUCUACACACUAUAAUUAUGUUUAUUUGGAGUAGAGAGUACAUUGUACGCCAUCUACACGCUUUAAUUAUGUUUAUAUGGAGUAGAGAGUACAUUGUACGCCAUCUACACGAUAUUAUUAUGUUUAUAUGGAGUAGAGAGUAAAUUGUACAAGGUAAUGGUUUGGUUACCUUUAGGUAUAAUGCUGAUUGGUAUGCCUUUGUUUUCAAACGACUUUAUUUAGGAGUACGAUUUUUAGCUCACCUUCCCGAAAGGCAAGUGAGCUUAUGUUAUGGUGCGGCAUCUGGCAUCCGGCCGUCUGUCAGGCGUCAACUUUUUACUUUAAACAACU